AUGGUGUGCAUCAGCGCGCCGGAAAUCGUGAGCGGAAUGAGCGGGGAGAGCGAAGAGAACCUUCGGAAACUCUUCGACGAUGCGAUCGCGAUGGCGCCUUCUCUGAUCUUUAUCGAUGAGAUCGACGCGAUUACUGGCAAGCGAGAGAGCACGUCGCGAAGCAUGGAGCAGCGAAUCGUCGCCCAGCUUCAGACGUGUAUGGAUUCUCUCAACAGCCAGGCGCUUCGUGAAAAGCCCGUUAUGAUCAUCGGCGCCACCAAUCGUCCUGACGCUCUCGACAGCGCGCUUCGCCGCGCUGGACGCUUCGAUCGCGAGAUUUCGCUGGGAAUCCCCGAUGAGGCGGCGCGCGAAGCGAUUCUUCGUCUGCUCACCAAGCGAAUGAAAGUCGCCGAGGAUGUCGAUUAUCCCGUUUUGGCGGCCAAAACCCCGGGCUAUGAAGCGGCUAUCAUCGCGAUCAAUCGAAUCUUCCACGAACUAUUCGUUUUACCGCUCGAAGCACAGCCCACUCCCACUCCCACGCCCACUCCCACGCCCACCGACAUGGAUCUCGAACUCUCUGAGCCCGACGAAUCGCGGCCCGAUCGCCUCCCCGCCGAGCAACUGGCGCUUCUUUCCGUGGAGAUGGCGGACUUCGAGAAGGCAUUGAAGAAGGUGCAGCCGAGCUCGAAGCGCGAAGGCUUCGUCACCGUUCCCAACACCACGUGGGACGACAUCGGCGCCCUCGCCUCGGUCCGAGAGAAGCUUCGCAUCAGCGUUGUGGAGCCCAUUCGCAACCCGCAGAUCUUCAAGAAGAUGGGCCUCACCAUGCCCGCAGGCGUGCUGCUCUACGGACCUCCGGGCUGCGGAAAAACGCUUCUGGCCAAAGCCGUCUCCAACGAAUCGCGCGCCAAUUUCAUCUCGAUCAAAGGACCGGAGCUGCUGAACAAGUACGUGGGCGAGAGCGAGCGAGGCGUGCGGAAGGUGUUCGAACGCGCGCGCGCUAGCUCGCCGUGCGUGAUUUUCUUCGACGAAAUCGACGCGCUGUGUCCGAAACGAGGAAUGGACGGAGGCAGCAGCGGCGUGUCCGAGCGAAUGGUGAACAUGCUGCUCACGGAGAUGGACGGGUUGGAAGAUCGAAAGCAAGUUUUCGUCAUCGCUGCGACCAAUCGGCCGGAUAUUAUCGAUCCCGCCAUGAUGCGGCCAGGAAGACUGGACCAGCUGCUGCUCGUUCCGUUACCUACCCAGUCCGAUCGCUUGGAUAUUCUACGAACCAUCACGAAGAAGACACCACUGGCGGAUGAUGUCGAUUUGGAGAAGAUUGCAUUUGACGAGCGCUGCGAGAGGUUUAGCGGUGCAGACUUGAGUAAUCUAGUUCGAGAAGCAUCUUUAGCAGCGAUCCGCCCAUCACUGCUCUCGGGAGAACCUGCACCAUCUUGCGUCUCUCAAGCCCAUUUUGAAGCUGCUUUAAAGGUGGUGAAGCCAUCUGUAAGUAAAGAAGAUUUGGAGCGGUAUUGCCGAGAACCUAACAUGAGAAGUAAUUUGGAGUAG